UUUUUAUUUUAUUUUUAUAUUUUAUUUUAUUUUUUUUGCAAACUAAUCGGUUCACGCAUUCUCCGCUCCAUUCGUUCAAUCGUUUCAUCAGCUCUCCUGAUCAUUUGACUCCAUUGCUCUGUUACACUUUGACUUUAUUUCGUUGACAUUAAAAAAAAAAGAAAAUGGAGCAAAAUUCUUCAUCCUCGGCUGUAGCCCGUCUUGCCGCUGUCCAAAAUCAUCUCGCUAUCCAGCCUUGCUUCCAGCGCUAUGCUAUCCAUAAUGACAAGCCAACUGGUCCUGCUGAUCUGGCCCGCGAGCGUGCUAAUGCUUCAUUCAAGGUUGAGGAUAUGACCGAGGUCCUUCUUCGUGGCAAGGAGAACGCUGAAGCUGUUGCCGUUGCUUUCCAAAUGGUUCAACGCGACCCUGAUCUCCGCAUGCGUGACGGCCACCACUACGAUUUGACUAGAGCUGAGGAUCGUGAGCAGACGAUGCGUCAGAUUGCUCGUACAGUCGAGUUGAAGAAAACUAUCAAGGAUCCUCGUCUCCGCCAGGCCUUAUUCAUGGCUAUGGCUUUCUAUUCCGAGUCGUACUCGAUGAGGAUGUAUGUCCACGACAUGUUGUUCAAGCAAGCCUUGUUGCUCUUUGGAACUGCUGAGCAGCAGGACAAAUGGAUGGAUGACAUCGAGAACUGGAGAGUUAUCGGAUGUUUCGCAAUGACUGAGUUGGGACAUUCUUCCAAUUUGCGUGGAUUGGAGACGACUUCGACAUAUGAUCGUGCCACUAACGAGUUUGUGAUCCACUCUCCGACUUUGACCGCCACCAAAUGGUGGAUCGGAAUGUCAGGAGAGACUGCUACACACACUGUUGCCAUUUGCCAGACUAUUGUCGAUGGAGAGAACCAUGGCAUCAACUGGUUCAUUGUUCCCCUUCGUGACCCCAAGACUGGCCGUCUCUUGCCUGGUGUCACCUGUGGUGAUAUCGGCCACAAAUCAUCUCGCCAGGGUCUUGACAAUGGUUGGAUUCAGUUCACUCAGGUUCGCAUCCCUCGUGAGAACAUGUUGAUGAAGUGGGCUUCCAUGAGCCCCGAGGGCGAGUUCACCCCCUCGCCCAAUCCUGUCCUGUCCUAUGCCACUUUGAUUCCUGAGCGUUUUACCAUCCUCACCGGCUCUCAAGUUGUGUUGGCUCAGUCCUUGACGAUCGCCAUCCGCUAUGGAGCUGUUCGUCGUCAGGGUAACCACGAUGAGCAGAUUCUGGAUUACCAGACUCACUACACUAGCUUGAUGCCCGGAGUCAGCUUCAUCUACAUGCUAAACAUUGUGGACCGUGAGUUGUUCGACAAGUGGGAUCAAGUUGCAGAGUAUGCACAGACAGAUGCCGGUGCAUUCAUGCGUGAGAUCCCAGAUCAACACGGAGUCUCCGCAGGAUUCAAGGGUACUCUUGCAUGGUAUGUGACUGAAGUGCUUGAGUCCUGCCGUCGUGCCUGUGGUGGACAUGCUUACUCUGCCUACAACUCGAUCGCCGGAUUGAUCGGUGACUACGGAGUAGUGACAACUGGAGGCGGAGAUAACGUUGUGUUGAUGCAGCAAUCGGCCCGUUACUUGAUCACAACCUUGAAGUGGGCUCAAGAGGGACAGGAGGUCGUUGGAUCUGUCAGCUACUUCAACGAGUACAAGAAGAUCUUGUCGCACAACAAGACCACGCUCCAAGAUCCCCGUGAUCUCUUGAACCAUGAGUUUGUGAUUGACGUCUUGACAUGGGCCUGCGCUAAGAAGGCAACUGAGUUGGCGGAAAAACUGACAGAGGCAGGCAAGGCCAAUUUUGACCAAGCAUGGAAUGCUAACCAAGUCGAGCUAGUUCGCCUAGCAGAUGUGCAUGCAUGGAGAUACUUCUUGAUUUUGUACCAGCGUGGUAUUGAUCGCGAGAAGAACAAGUCCGUAUACCCUAUGCUCCGCAAGAUGGGACAAUUGAUGAGCACGUUUGCUAUCCGCAAGCACUUGGAUCUGUUCUUGGAGGAAAGCUACUUUGAUGGAUCGCAUGCUAAGCUUGUUCGUCAAUUGUUCUUGGAUCAAUGCAAGGAUCUCCGUAAGGAUGCAGUGCCCCUUGUGGAUGCUUGGACAAUUCCAGACUUUGUUCUCAAGGCACCUAUUGGCAAAUAUGAUGGAAACAUUUAUCCUGCUUACUUCGCCACCGUCAAUGCCGCCCAGAAGUCUUACGACCCCCCUGCAUACUGGCACAAGUAUGCCGCACCUUUGGUCAAUGCACCUCGCCCUGGCGAGAAGAAGGGAUGCCAGUGCUAAUCAAAAGAAUACGUUUUUUUGAAAACUUUAAUAUGCCCAUUGUACAAAGAAAACAAUAAAAUUGUAAAG